GAGGGCGGGCGCGCCCGCAGCGCUGGUGUGUCACCCUGCCCCUCGCUGCGGCCGUGCCCGGGCGGCUCCGGCGCUGGGCAGCGUUCUGCCGCCACCGCCGCCUUGUCCCAGGCCUGGGGUGCGAGGGACUCGCCGCACCGGAACGGCUCCCCUGGGGCCUCAGCCCCGCGGUUCGUCCCACCAGCGCCAAGCCCGCGCCGCCCGGCCCCUCGGGAUGCCCGCGGUGCAGGCUCCGCUCCCGGCGCCCUCCCCCGGUGGGGGGCGAGAGGCGGAGCUGGCGUGGCCGCCGCCCGCCGCCUUUAUCUGGCGCGGGGGCGCGGGGGAUGGCACUGGGGAACACCUUGGUGUAAGAUACGCGCUAUAAAUACGGCGCCGGGGAUGGGAGCGCGGCCACGGGCGGCGGGGAACAGCUCCGGAUCACGCAGGACUCUCUGAUCGCGAGCAGCCGCCGAGCCCAGCCGGCGACGCAGGGCGGCCGGUGCCGCUAGCGCGGAGGAGGAGGAGGAGGUCGCCGCCGGAGGAGCCCCGCGGUCCGGUCCGAGCCGCGUCGCCGAACACGCCUGCCCGGCCGCCAGCAUGAUGCAGAUCUGCGACUCGUACAGCCAGAAGUACUCCCUCUUCAACGCCAUGAACCGCUUCAUCGGCGCCGUCAACAACAUGGACCAGACGGUGAUGGUGCCGAGCCUGCUGCGCGACGUGCCGCUGCUGCUGGAGGAGCUGGACGCGGCGGGCGCCGUGUGCCCGCCCCGGGAUGCUGCCCUGCCGCCCGGCGACCCCGGCGCCUACUUCUCCCGCAGGGACAUGUACAGCCACUACAUGCUGCUCAAGUCCAUCCGCAACGACAUCGAGUGGGGCGUGGUGCAGCCGCCGGCGGGCGAGGAGGCCGCCCGCAAGAAGGACAAGCUGGGCGGCGGGCCCGCCGAGGAGGGCGAGGGGGAGGAGGACCUGGAGCAGCAGUUCCACUACCACCUCAGCGGACUCCACUCGGUCCUCUCCAAGCUCACCCGCAAGGCGAACGUGCUCACCAACAGAUACAAGCAGGAGAUCGGCGUUAGCAGCUGGGGGCAGUGAGCGCCGGGGGGAGCGGGGGAAGGGGCUCCGACCCGGCGGGAGCGGCGCGUCCCCGCCCGGCGCUGCCGCUGCUGCGGCGGCCGAGGGCAGCGCCCCGGGCCGGGGCUCCCCUGCGCGCUCCCAGGACUGCAGCAGGUUUUCUACCAACGCACAAGCGAGAGAAAGAGAUGUAAAUUAAUCAAUACUAGUUUAUUAAUUAUUUUGACACCCCCCCUCCGUGUUUUUUUUUCGUUGUACGGUCCGGGGCGAGCAGUCGCUGUGCCCGACCCAGCGGGGAGGCUGAACCCGUACGUGUACGAGGUGGUGGCAUUGCUGGCUGAUAAGGAGGCUCUACUCAAGCCGAUGAACAUAACGAAACUGGCACAAAAUUGCUUCUGUUACCCCGGAGGGAACCCAGUGAGCUAAGGAGCAUCCCUCUGUUGAGGGAGAGAUGGCAGGGUCCCAUGGUUGUACAUGUACUGGAGCUUAUUUAAAACUUUUUUACUCAGAUGUAGAGUAUAUUCUAAAAUAAAUGCAAAUGUAUUAACUAAGAGUGACCUAAACUUUUGGUAUGAUUUAUCUUUCUCUAAUUAAAUGAUAUUUUUAACAUCUGGAA